CUCGCCUUUGCCUGACAGGCGAGCGCCCUCCUGCGGGGUCCUUGUGCCCUCCUCUUUUACCACUUCCGGGCGGAAAAAAGGCCCCAGCAGAUAGAUGCCCGGCUCCAAGAAGCGCCUCUCUCCGGAGAAGGAAGGAGAAGAGGCGGGCCAGGCGAGGGCCCUGGCUCCCCUCCCUGCGGGGCCACCCCGUCUGGGCCCCGCCUUCUUCAGCCAGCCCUGCGUCCACCUGGCCCGGGCCCUGCUGGGGAAGGUGCUGGUGCGCCGCCUGCCUGGAGGCUCCAUYCUCCGGGGGCGGGUGGUGGAGACAGAGGCCUACCUGGGGGGACCGGACAUGGCCUCCCACUCCCGGGGCGGGCGCCGCACCCCUCGCAAUGCAGCCAUGUUCAUGGCCCCCGGUACCCUGUAUGUCUACCAGAUCUAUGGCCUCUACUUCUGCGUGAACAUCUCCAGUCAGGGGGAGGGGGCAGCAGUGCUGCUGCGCUCGCUGGAGCCCCUCCAAGGCCUGGAGGCCAUGCGGGAGCAACGCCUGCUCCUCUCACGCCGCCGGAAGGGCCGCUCCGCCCCUCUCAAGGCGUGGCAGCUGUGCAACGGCCCCUCCAAGCUCUGCCAGGCACUGGCCCUGGACAAGACCCUGGACCAGGAGGACCUCAGCUGCCACCCGGACCUCUGGCUGGAGGAAAGCCAGGAGGAGGAGGAGGAGGAGGGAAAGGAAGAGCAGACAGUAGUGUGCGCCAAGCGCAUUGGUAUCAGCGGGGAGUGGGCCCACAAGCCCCUGCGCUUCUACCUCCGGGGCAACAAGUAUGUCAGCGUCACCGACAAGGAGGCUGAGCGGGCCACUGGACCCAGGCUCCCAGAUGAACUCAGAGCCUGAAAGGAUAAGCAGGACCUGCCUGGUUUCUGGGGUGCUUUCCCACAUUGGACAAUAAAGCAAGCUUUCCUAUUUUGGCUAAA